GUCUGCUGUGAGCCGGGUGAGAGGAAGCUCAGAAUCUGCGAAUCCGCACGCCGAGGAGGACGCACGCUCGAGUGGACGUCGAGACGAAAAGGCUCACAGAGAAGAGGGAGAAGGGACGUGAACGCACCACAGCAUUGAACGCAUGUGUGUGCGUGUCGAUCCAUCUGGGUGCCAUCUGCGUUCUUACAUUUCUGGGAAUGCAAACAGACGCUUGACACAUGCGGGAGAGGCGUACAGCAGCGGAUAAGUGCGAAGAAAAAGAAGCCACAAGUGCAGCUUUUUGACUUUCUCUGCAGGACUUUGGACGCGUGGACUCUACUAGAGAGACGCUUCCCAAAGACGAUGGCUUCAGGCGAUGGGGUUGAAGUGGAGGCUGUGUGUCGGAGAGCAUCCAGCAAUCCCAUUGACACCGUGCCCGGUGACCCGGUGACCCUUAGCCGGCCCCACGACUGCCACUCGGUGUCCCGGGAAAAGGUUGUUAUGGUGUUUAGGAAAAGUUGUGAUCGGAGCUAGGACAACUCAGCUGGGUUCCAGGAGGCAUCAUCUACUUCCUAUUUUGGCUUGUUUUCAAAUCAGGAUGGUGUCCGGUGGGUUAUUAGCAACUAAAAAGGGGACGGCACUUUCAGACAGUGGAGCGAAGAAGAGCCCUGCCAUGCCCGGUUCUCCUGUGGAUGCUAAGACUCAUUCCAGAUCAGCUCCCAGUAGCAGUAGCAGCAGCAGCAGCAGCGGCGCCGCCAUCAUCAUGCCCCCUCUGCCCUCCAUCAACCCAAGUGGCCCCCGCCUGGCCUCCUUCUCCACUACAGCAUUGACCAACGGCAACCACCAUUCGCCACCGACACUCAACGCGGUGCCGUCGCCGCCGCAACGCUACAGCAACGGGCCUUCGUCAUCGUCGUCAUCGUCGCUGGCCAACCAGCAGUUGCCGGCCACAUGCGGAGCGCGGCAACUGAGCAAACUCAAGCGCUUCCUGACCACGUUGCAGCAGUUCGGCAACGACAUCUCGCCGGAGAUCGGCGACAACGUGCGCAGCUUAGUGCUGGCUCUGGUGAAUUCAACCGUGACCAUUGAGGAGUUUCACUCACGGCUUCAGGAGGCCACCAACUUCCCCUUGAGGCCGUUUGUUAUUCCUUUUCUCAAGGCGAACCUUCCCCUGCUACAGAGGGAGCUGCUCCACUGCGCACGUGCGGCCAAGCAGACCCCGGCCCAGUACCUAUCCCAGCACGAGCACCUCCUACUCAGCACCACCAUGGCCUCCUCUCCUGACUCAUCCGAGCUCCUCAUGGAGCCCUCCGACGCCGCCGUCAAGAGGCCCAGCCCUAGCAGGGUCAAGGAGAACGGCUUCCACGAGCGACCGUCCGUGGCCAUGGAGCCAACUGCCAAGCGCAUUUGUACCAUCAGCCCGGCUCCCCGCCACAGCCCCGCGCACCCGCUGCCUCUCAACGCCCAACUGCACCCGACGCCGCCGCCCCUGCAGCACUACGCCCUGGAUGACAUCGCCGCGCCGCACAUCCUGCACCGCGAGCACAGCCAACGCAUGUUGGAGAUACGAGAGCUCAAAGACAGACCCAGGCUGCCAGGCACUAACGGGGGCUACCGCGAGGAGCCAGUUGACCACAGGCUGACUGACAGGGAGUGGGCUGAUGAAUGGAGGCAUCUAGACCACGUGCUGAACUCCAUCGUGGACAUGGUGGAAAAGACGCGGCGGUCGGUGAGUGUCCUGCGGCGGUGCCAGGAGUCGGACCGGGAGGAGCUCAACUACUGGAGGCGGCGUUCCAGUGAGCAAGAGGACGCUCGCAAAGGGGGCUCUGCGCCCUUCUCCAAAACGCACAGCCCCCACUCUGCAGAGUCUGAGUCUCAGCGUGACUUCGCCCCGCGAGCCGGCUCGGCGUACGUCACAGACGAGAUCUGGAGGAAAGCAGAGGAGGCGGUGAACGAGGUGAAGAGGCAGGCCAUGGACGAGGUGCAGAAGGCGGUGGCCGAGGCCGAGCAAAAAGCUUUCGAGAUGAUCGCGGCCGAACGGGCCAAGAUGGAGAAGACGCUGGCCGAUGCCAAGAGGAAGGCCCAGGAGGACGCCAUCAUGGUUAUCAAUGAGCAAGAGGAUUCCAGCGAGUGUUGUUGGAACUGCGGCCGCAAAGCCAGCGAGACAUGCAGCGGCUGCAACGCGGCACGCUACUGCGGCUCCUUCUGCCAACACAAGGACUGGGAGCGGCACCACCUCAUCUGCAGCCCUGGACUUCAAGCUCAGCCGAAACCCGUGUCGGCCAUCUCCGCCGCCAGAGUGGCGGCCGCCACUGCUGCCGGGGUGUCCCCCGUGGGGCUCACAACUUCCGAUGUUGUGGCCUCGGCAUCCAGUCCCAGCGGGGAUAAGGUUCCAGUGGCCUCUCGCUCAUCCACGCCUUCCACGCCGGCUUCAGCGCCUGAGACCAAUGGAAAUUAGGAGGAGGAAUGUGGCUGAACUUUUUUUUUUCCCGUCACUCCAGGACAGCAUAUGUUUCAUCAUCAUCAUCAUCAUCAUCAUUGACAGAUUAUGUGGGGCUCGCUAUGGACCAACAGAUCGCCUGACAGAUGGAAACUAAAAAUAAAAAAAAAAAAAUCAAGCUGAUGACCCAUCUCCUGCAGCAGGAUGAACAUUAUUAUAAGACGAGAGAUUAAAAAUAAUGUACACUUUGCUCUGAAGCAGCUUUCCUUUCUACUUCUUUGUAUAUGCAUUUAAAACAGCGAGGAGGAGGAGGCGGGUUACGUGUAAUAAAACCAAUCAUGAAACAGAUUUAAUGGUGUAGAUUUCAAGAAAAAAAGAAGAGUUACCAGAUGUGUGAGUUUCCUUUUUUUUUUUUUCCGACAAAGCAAUAUUAUAACACAAAGCGUUCAGGUAUCAAACUGUUUCCACAUCACCAAAGUUACUUUGAACAAGGACCUCAGGAAAACACAGACAGAAAAAUGUUGUUUCGACCAAGCGGUACACUUCAGUUCACUACAGUUUGAGGCUGCAAACAAAAGUUUCCCUCUUUCAAACACGACUCCGUAACGGCUUGCAAGCAUAUAAAUAAUUGCGCGUAGAUGCACAGCAACACCAAUGUCUCCGUUAUUCCUUCAGUUGCUUUCAAUGGGUGUCAGACUUUGCGCACUGGUGGUGCUCACUUACCCAAAUUUAAACCUCAUACACAGAGAUCCUGACACUGGAUUAUUACAAAAAGACUAAACAAGACACCCUUUCAGUCCCGUACUGCUGUGAUGUGUGUCCCAACAGUCGGGUGAGAAAAAAAAUAGCACACAAUGCCAAUCAGUUAUGGGAUGGAAUUUACACACACACAGGGUGUUUCAUAAGUCUCCACACAUGGGUCUAACAUUUAUUUAUUUCGAUUUCAGAUAGCCCAGAGAAUGCAUUUGAAUAACGAGCAACCAAAUGAAAUCAUCUUGAUGGCCGGUUCAGUCAGCAGUCGUAUGGUUUAUGUCAAGAAACGUUUUUUUUUUCCCUUUGUCUAGAGACUUAUGGGACACCCAAUAUGUGCAUGUACAUAUGUAUAUGGGUGUGAUCGGAAAUGAAAAGCAUUGAUCCACGUCUGCCGAUCACGAUAGGUGACGGAUCGAUCAGAGAACCACUUAAAUCCUUCGAAAGUGUCAUACAAUUAGAAGUGCCCAGGUAGCCUUUCUUUAGCACCAAACUGUACCGCUUGGGUGGAAAACGGACUAAGAAGAUGAUAAUGACGUUUUCUGAAUCCACUUUGGCACUUGAGCAAUGUCUUUGUCGUAGCAAUUCGGCGAAAAAGCCUGGUGGCAACUCCUCCCACAAGGACAAAUCUCAGGAGAAUAAAUUUACACAGCUUCAAGUCCAACGUUUUACGAGCUUAUACGACACACACUUGCUCUCAUUUGUUGUAAGUUUGUACAAAGAAUUAUGCUGUUACUUUGUUUUGAUGAUUCGCCGUUUGUCCUUGAAUCAUUUGGUACAAGUCACAUGACAAAAGUUAUAUUGACGUAAGGUACAAAAUAAAUAAAUAGAGUUACUGAAUA